AUGACGGCAUGCGGUGAAAAGUGCUAUCCAAAUUGCAACAGCAGUGUGUGGCUUAGGUCUUGUGAGACGGAAGUCGCCCAACCGCUGCUUGGAAGAAUCAAAGGAAAAGUGCCUCCAUGGCUACGGGGUAGCUUACUACGUAACGGACCAGGGUCUUUAAAGGUCGGCGCCAUGAGAUUCGAACAUUUGUUUGACAGUUCAGCUCUUGUCCACAGGUUUUCUAUCCUCGACGGUGCUGUCACGUACCAGUGCCGCUUCGUCCGCACCAACACAUUCAAAAAGAACAGAGCUGCGGACCGCAUCGUUGUAACCGAGUUUGGAACAAAGUCCGUGCCCGACCCGUGCCACACCAUUUUCGAUAGAGUCGCGUCGAUAUUUAAACCAGCUGAAAUAUCAGAUAACACGAUGAUAUCCGUGUAUCCCUUUGGCGAUGAAAUUUACACCUUUACCGAGGGACCUUUUAUACAUCGCAUAGAUCCGAAGACUCUUGAUACUUUAGAGAGAAAGGAUAUGAUGAAGUGUGUGGCACUUGUAAAUCAUACAUCUCAUCCACAUGUCAUGCCUAAUGGUGAUGUUAUUAAUGUUGGUAUGUCCAUCAUUAAAGGCAGAGUAAAACACGUCGUUGUCAAAUUUCCUUAUACUGAAAAAGGAGACAUGUUUCAACGUGCACACAUUGUUGGAAGUAUGAAACCUCGCUGGUCACUGCACCCCUCCUACAUGCAUACUUUUGGUAUAACGGAGAAUUACUACGUCAUUAUGGAGCAACCUCUCACAAUAUCAGUUUGGGGAGUAUUUCGCAAUCAGCUGACGAAUGAGCCUUUUGCUUCUAACCUUCAGUGGUUUCCAGAACAUAAGACAAAUAUAGUUUUGAUCAGUAAACAAACCGGCAAAGAAGUUAAGCGAUAUGUAACGGAAACGUUUUUCUUUCUUCACAUAAUCAAUGCGUUUGAGCAGGACGGAAAGUUGGUUGUCGAUUUGUGUGCUUAUAAGGAUGCAAAGGCGUUGGAUGCAAUGUAUGUAAGAGCUAUGGAGACGAUGCAAAGUAACGCAGAUUAUGCGGAAUGGUUUCGGGGGCGACCGAAGCGUCUGGAAGUGUCCUUGGAAGCGCCUUCCAUGAGCGUGGUGCAGUCACGUCUGCUUGCAGAUCUUGGCUGCGAGACACCUAGGAUACACUACGACCUAUACAACGGGCACCCGUACCGAUAUUUUUACGCCAUUAGCUCCGACGUAGACGCAAAAAACCCUGGAGCAAUAAUCAAAGUGGACACGUGGACGGGUGAAACGAAAACUUGGUUUGAAAACGAUUGUUAUCCAAGUGAACCUGUUUUUGUUCCAGAGCCCGAAUGUAAGGAAGAGGAUGCAGGAGUUCUCUUAAGCGCGCUAGUGUGGGGUUCGAAGGAAUGCUCCGUGGGUCUAUUGGUGUUGGACGCGCGCAGUCUAGAAGUUAUAGCACGUGUAGACUUCGACACGCCCUCGCCAGCUCCCAAAUGCCUGCACGGCUGGUUCUUACCGGAACGUGCA